AUGAUCGACAAAGAACGAAACAGUUCAUUUUUCUCUGGAAGUAAUGGAAAUGAUAAGCCAAUGAAAUGUCUGGAAUUUUUUGCUGGGAUCGGAGGCUUUCAUUAUGCUCUACAAAGUAAACAACUGGAUAUUAUACAAAAUAAAUAUGUUAAUGAAGUCGGAUUGCAAGUAACCGUACGUGCGCUUGAUAUAAAUACAGUUACAAAUGCCAUUUACAAGUAUAAUUUCCCAAAUACUGAAAUCCAGCAGUGUAACAUUCAGAAACUUACGACUGAUUAUUACGACGAUUACAAUGCUGAUAUAUGGACAAUGUCACCACCUUGUCAACCAUUCACAAAGCAUGUUUCAUUUCAUUUGUCAGCUUUGCAUAAUUGUCUAAGCAUGAAAGGAUUGAGAAAAGAUAUAGCGGAUCAUCGUUGUGUUGUACUUAAAACCAUCUGCAAUGCUUUAAAGGCUAUGAAACAUCCUCCCCGUUAUAUUAUUGCGGAAAAUGUUUGUGGCUUUGAAACUUCUGAUGCUCAUCAUUUGCUCAAAGAUACAUUGAUGAAUUUAUGCUACAGUUUCGAGGAAUAUAUUAUUUCACCAACCGAAAUUGGCAUCCCGAAUUCAAGGCCUCGAUACUAUCUUUUGGCGAAACUCUCAAAUCAUUGUAUCAUUGUUCCAACGAUUAACAAAAUUAUUCGAAUCUGGCCAGUAGAUGAUGCGACAAUUUUUCGCCGAAAGAUUAUUGGUGAAUAUUUAUGCAAUGAUGCAAAUGAAGAUGGUUCUUUGAUUAUUUCACGUGAAAUAAUUGAACGUUUCGGAAAUGUCAUGUCUUUUGUAACAGCAUAUAACUUUUAUUCAUCCUGUUUUACCAAAGCUUAUUAUCGUUAUGUUGCUGGUACCGGACCCAUUCUUUUGCGGUUUUCCAAAAAGAUUCAGGAUGAAAAGAUGAGCAUCGAACAGUUGAGAAAUUUCGUAUUAUCUGAUAAUUGUAAAAAUUUGAUGCACUGUCAAAUUCGCUACUUUUCCUGGCGUGAAAUGGCUAAUUUAUUAGGAUUCCCUAAAACCUUCUUAAAACCACCCGAUAUUUCAACGAAACAAAUGUAUCAUGCACUUGGUAAUAGUAUUACUGUUUCCGGUGUUACUUUACUUAUUCAACAUAUGUUGAGAAUGUAA